AUGCCGCACUCGGUCUCGUCCAACGAGGAUGACGCAGCUGCUGGUACUCCGUCCGCGCCGCCCUUCCACAUCGCCAUCAUCGGCGCCGGCAUUGGCGGUCUGACCUUUGCCAUUGGCUGCCGCAAGAAGAAUGUCUCGUACACGCUCUACGAGGCCGCGGCCAAGUACAGCACCGUCGGCGCCGGUGUCGGGCUCGGCCCCAACGCGCUCAACGCGCUGCACAUGAUCGACCCCCAGCUGCGCGCCAUGUACAGCGACAUCUCGUCGGGCAACCUGACGCCCAACAAGGACCACGUCAUGAUGGACGCGCUGUACGCCGAGCCCAACUUUGGCGAGGACCGCGGCUGGGUGCCGGCGCCCUUUGGCGCGUCGUCGUACGACCGCACGAGCGCCCACCGCGUGGACCUGCUCAACAUCCUGACGAGCAUGAUCCCGCCCGAGACGGUGCGGUUCAACAAGCGGGUCAAGGCGAUCGACCAGGGCGCCCCGGGGAGCAAGGUCACGGUCGUCUUUGAGGACGGCGACGUUGUCCAGGCCGACGCCGUCGUGGGCAGCGACGGCGCCAAGGGCCCGACACGCGGCUUCGUGCUGGGCGACCGCUGGCCCGACGCGGUCAAGGCCACGUACAGCGGCAAGUACGUCUACCGCGCCAUCGUCCCCAUGGCCGACGCCCUGCAGAUCCUGGGCCACCACGCCGGCGACGCCGAGUCCUUUCUGGGCAAGGACGUCAACUUCAUCACGUUCCCCAUCUCGCGCGGCGCCUUCUGCAACCUGGUCGCCUUCAAGUUUACGCGCGGGCAGCCCUGGACGCACGACCAGUGGACCAAGCGCGUCACCAAGGAGCAGAUGGUGGCCGAUUUCGGCGUCAGCGGCGGCGGUGUCGACCCGCGCCUCGUCCGGCUGCUCGACUGGGCCGAGCCGCUGCAGUGGUCGCUGCACCACCACAUGACCACGCCCAGCUACUGCAACGACCGCGUUUGUCUGCUGGGCGACGCGGCCCACGCCACGACGCCGCACCAGGCCGCGGGCGCCGGCCAGUGCGUCGAGGACGCGCUCGUGCUGUCGCACAUCCUGGGCCAGCUCACGAGCGCGGCCGGCCUGGCCCGGGCGUUUGCGGUGUACGACGGCCUCCGCCGCCCCCGCGCCCAGAAGGUCGUGCGCACGAGCCAGGAGGCCGGCGAGCUGUACUCGUUCAACCACGCCGAGUGCGGCGACGACAUGGACAAGAUCGUCGCCAACUUCCGCCGGCGCUUCCUGUGGAUCUGGGAGCACGAUCUGCACGCCGACCUGGCCGCGGCGGACGAGCAGCUGAAGGCCGCAUUGAGUCAAUGA